AACUUGUAACAUUCGUUGUAUUGGUCUACUUAGAGCCAGUAUGCGGGGUUUUGUUAUAUUUGCAGUCGGAUUUCUUGCAACAGUGCAUGGCGCCAGCAACAAGUGCUGUCCUGAUGGAUGGUUCCAGUUCCAAGAUUCCUGCUAUUACUUCAGUGAGGCUAACAAUUCCAGCAGGAAGAAUUUUAUAGAUGCUCAUAUCGAGUGUCAAAUAAUGUCGGCCGACCUGGUGAAGGUGGAAACUGCCGGUGAAGACCUCUUCAUAAAGGAUCUUCUGAAAAGAUUCAUUGGUGAUGUAGUCGUUGAUUUUAUACCUGGAAUAGGGGGUGGAUACUAUUGGUUGGGACUAACCGACGCAACUGAGGAGACGAAAUGGGUGUGGACGAGUGAUGGUACCACCCCCUCCUAUACGGGUUGGGCACAGGGGGAGCCCAACUCCUACCAGGGGAUGAAUGAGGACUGUGCGGCAUUCGAUUUUCUCGCUGGUUACGCGUGGGCGGACAUUCCCUGUCAGUCACCGAUAUUUUAUAUCUGCGAGAAAGGAUUACACCAGUGAAAAUCAAAGACUUUUACAUGACAGCUGUCCAUUUUGAAAUGUGUAAACAUAAAUCAAAACAUAUAAGAAUCUGAUUUGUACUUUACACAUCGACAAUUAAAGCACCUUAGACUAUA